AAAAAGUUUUAACGUAAAUAAAGAUUUUUGCAUGGUUUAUUGACAUUUACUUGUUUGUUGCUUGGCGCCUAUAUUUACUUGUACAAAAAAUACAAAUUAAAUAAAUAUGGAUAAAAAAAUGAAAUUCUUAAUUGGCAUAACUAAAAUUUUUGAUACAACUUUCAAAAUACAUGAUGCCUAUUUAAAAUCCAAUAGAAGAAGAUGGUGGGUGCAGCCAGUCAAUCUAAAUCGUGACACUGAUGGUUUUUAUGAAACUGUGACAAAAUCAUUAAUUGAAAAUAAUAAUGAAGAGUUCUUUAAAAAAACCAAAAUGACAGUAGAAAAGUUUAAUACAUUGCUGCAUUUGUUAGAAGAUCGAUUAGAGCAUUAUUCGCAAAGAAAACCAAUAGAACCAUCUCUUCGUUUAUCGUUAACCCUGAUUUUCUUGGCUAGUGGAUGUAGCGUUCAAGAAUUGGCCUUAAAUCACAAACUUGGGUUGUCUACUGCCCGUAAAAUUAUUUAUGAAACUUGCAAUAUCAUUUGGGAGGAACUGAAUAAUACUUUUAUGUCUCCACCGAGUGCUCAUGAGCUAAAAAUUAUAGCAGAUGAAAUAUAUGAUGCUACUGGAGUUCCAAAUUGUUUAGGAGCACUUGAUGGAAAAUAUAUUACAAUUGUGUGCCCUGCGGAAAGUGAAAAUGUUAAUUUGAAAUAUAGUAAAGCGGUUAGUCAUAUCCUUUUGGCAGCAUGUGAUCAUAAUUAUGCCUUCACAUUUGUGGAUAUUGAAAGAUAUGGUAAUAAACAGGAUGAUGGCAUAUUUACAAGAAAUGGAUUUGGUAGUGAGAUUUUCAAUGAAACAUUUCAAAUUCCAGAUAACAGUAAUUUGCCAUAUACUGAUGUCCCAUUUCCCUAUUUCUUUGCUGCGAAUAAUACUUUUCCGCUACGAAAACACAUAAUGCGACCUUUUCCAGGAAAUAACUUAAGUGAAGAUAGAAGUAAUUUCAAUAAAAAAUUAUCUGCAGCUACGGAACGAAUCGAGAACGCAUUUGGAAUUUUAGUUCACCGUUGGCGUAUUCUUGAAAAACCGAUACAAUGUUUACCUAAAAACAUUGAUAAAAUUGUUUUGGCAACAGUUGUUUUACAUAAUUUCUUAAUACUUGAGAAGGAUGAUUUAUAUUUUACAACGGAUUUGGUAGAUCACGUGGAAAAUGGAACUCAUAUUAAGGGUACUUGGAGAGAAACAACACCACUACCAUCUCAAACUACAAUGCCACAGCGAAGCACUUCUUGUGCUUUUCAUUUACGAAAUAUUUUAAAAAGUUAUUUAACUACAACUGAACCCUUUGACUUUGUAGUCUGUUAAACUU